GAAGUUAGGGGUCGCCAGCGCGGGGCGAAGGAGGGCGCGACAGCCUCAGAAGGAGCGGGCGGAGUUUCUCCCUCCGGCCCCUCAAUGUAAUACCUAUUUGCAUUGGAUGCUUCUUGGGACGUGCUGACUUGAAGAGCUUCAUGAGUUGGAUCAAGUUUCUCUCCCGGCCCCUGGUGACCCGCAUCGCCAGCUGCAGGAAGGCUGUGAAUCCACUGUCCCCGGUCGUCCUUUGCCCGAUUGCCACGAUGAGCUCGCCCGUGCAGCCUGUGGAUGUGAAGUCGGAGGUUCCCGUGGGCCUGGAGCCCAUCUCGCCCUUAGACCUAAGGACAGACCUCAGGAUGAUGAUGCCCGCGGUGGACCCUGUCGUCCGCGAGAAGCAGCUGCAGCAGGAGCUGCUGCUCAUUCAGCAGCAGCAGCAGAUCCAGAAGCAGCUCCUGAUCGCAGAGUUUCAGAAACAGCAUGAGAACCUGACCCGGCAGCACCAGGCUCAGCUGCAGGAGCACAUCAAGUUGCAACAGGAACUUCUAGCCAUAAAACAGCAGCAAGAACUCCUCGAAAAGGAGCAGAAGCUGGAGCAGCAGAGGCAGGAGCAAGAAGUGGAGAGGCACCGCAGAGAGCAGCAGCUCCCUCCUCUCCGAGGCAAAGAGAGGGGGCGCGAAAGGGCAGUGGCGAGUACAGAAGUAAAGCAGAAGCUUCAAGAAUUCCUGUUGAGUAAAUCAGCAACGAAAGACACUCCAACUAAUGGAAAAAAUCAUUCCGUGAGCCGCCAUCCCAAGCUCUGGUACACGGCUGCCCACCAUACGUCAUUGGAUCAAAGCUCUCCACCCCUGAGUGGGACAUCUCCCUCCUACAAAUACACAUUACCAGGAGCGCAAGAUGCGAAGGAUGACUUCCCCCUCCGGAAAACUGCCUCUGAGCCCAACUUGAAGGUGCGGUCCAGGUUAAAACAGAAAGUGGCAGAGAGGAGAAGCAGCCCCUUACUCAGGCGGAAGGAUGGAAAUGUCACUUCAUUCAAGAAGCGAAUGUUUGAGGUGACAGAAUCCUCAGUCAGUAGCAGUUCUCCAGGGUCUGGUCCCAGUUCUCCAAACAAUGGCCCAACUGGAAAUGUUACUGAAAAUGAGACUUCGGUUUUGCCACCGACUCCUCAUGCUGAGCAGAUGGUUUCACAGCAGCGCAUUCUCAUUCACGAAGAUUCCGUGAACCUGCUCAGUCUUUAUACCUCUCCCUCUUUACCCAAUAUCACCUUGGGACUGCCAGCCGUACCUGCCCAGCUCAGUGCUUCGAGUUCACUGAAAGAGAAACAGAAGUGUGAGGCCCAGACCCUGAGGCAAGGCGUGCCUCUGCCCGGGCAGUUCGGGGGCACCAUCCCCGCGUCUUCAAGCCAUCCCCACGUCGCUUUAGAGGGAAAGCCCAACAGCAGCCACCAGGCCCUCCUGCAGCAUUUAUUAUUGAAAGAACAAAUGCGACAGCAAAAGCUUCUUGUAGCUGGCGCAGUUCCCUUACAUCCUCAGUCUCCCUUGGCAACAAAAGAGAGAAUUUCACCUGGCAUUCGAGGUACCCACAAACUACCCCGCCACAGACCCCUGAAUCGAACCCAGUCUGCACCUUUGCCUCAGAGCACGUUGGCUCAGCUGGUCAUUCAGCAGCAACACCAGCAGUUCUUGGAGAAGCAGAAGCAAUACCAGCAACAGAUCCACAUGAACAAACUGCUUUCGAAAUCUAUUGAACAACUGAAGCAACCAGGCAGUCACCUGGAGGAAGCCGAGGAAGAGCUUCAGGGGGACCAGGCGAUGCAGGAAGACAGAGCGCCCUCUAGUGGCAACAGCACUAGGAGCGACAGCAGUGCUUGUGUGGAGGACACUCUGGGACAAGUUGGGGCUGUGAAGGUGAAGGAGGAGCCAGUGGACAGUGAUGAAGAUGCUCAGAUCCAGGAAAUGGAAUCUGGGGAGCAGGCUGCUUUUAUGCAACAGGUAAUAGGCAAAGAUUUAGCUCCAGGAUUUGUCAUUAAAGUCAUUAUCUGAUCAUAAAAUGCACUGCAGAUUUUGGUAAAUGGAUUAUCAUUUCCUAUCUCUGAAUAAUCUGAUUUUCGAGUUUAAGGAUUCUAACUAAUGUGUAUAUAUCUAUAUAGAGGUCUCUGUAGACUGAUCUCUAUAUAGAUAUCAAGGUUUCAUCGAAACUUCACUGGUAAGGAAAUACCUGUUACACUAAUAUUAUACUACAUAAGCAUCCAAGUAAUUAACAGGCUUUAAGUUCAUCCCAAAGCCUGCCGCAUCAGUUACUUCGAAAGAAAACCAACUCACUGUUGUUUUAGUUUAUCUGUUGAGAUCAGUGACUGCUGGAUAGAGAGUCCCAGUCCGAUCAAUGACACAUUCUAUUAGUUCUUGAUUUUUUUUUUUAACAUGUAGAAUUCAAUGUUCACAUUGUUGUACAUAAUGUAUGAUACUAGUCUUGAACACUGUUAAAGGUAGUCUGCCCCUUCCUUCCUCUCUCAUUUUUGUUAAGUGACAUGUUCUGGUUACCAUGCCAAUAGUCCUAGGUUACUGUAUAGAUUGCAAUUGAAAAUAUUAGGAAUAGAGGUGGUUUUAAAUAUAUAGAUGCAAAGUACAGCACUCUUUUAAAUAUCACAUUAUGUCUCACCUAGCACUGCUCGUGUUACUUUUAUCUUGUGUUAUUUGAUGACACUGUCUAUCCACAAAAGAUAAAUGAAGCAGAUGCAGAUGUUGGCAAGAAGGAACGUGUGCAGCCUGAUGGUCCAAUCAGAUACUCUCUUGUAUCUACAGUUGCAGAAAACACGGCAAGAGUGUGCUUAUUUCUGAUACGAGGUCCACAUCAUGUUUCAGAGAAGCCAGUUAUCAUAUUUUAUAAUCUCUAUCCCUAGGAUCUCUUAAGUAUAAUUCCAUAACGCCCUGGCAUACGCCAUCCCACUUGGGCAGAUAAAAUAUUAGGGAGGCGAGGCUUGACAGAAGAACCCACUGGUACAUAAUGCACCUUCAGAAGGACUGUGUCCUUUGAUGCUAUCAAAUGCAGACAACUUUGAAGGCCACAGAAGGCUGUUUAUUUAAGUCACUUCUUUGUCAGGUCCCUGCUGUUCUGCAGAAAGCUGAUUCCACGAGGCUGAAGGGGAAAUGCCUGUGGAAGCAGGAAGUCCAAGUGAUUCAUGUCCCGGGGAAUGCAGGGGGGAAGCAGUAGUGUUUUCCUCUUUCUGUUUUUAAAGGGCGCUCUAUGAAUUGAUUUAUUGUCUAAGAAAAUAACACCCCACGUAGGGAAAUUGUUAAGGAAGCUUUCCACUGGAACACUUCCUUCACUGCUCCCUUUUGAUAUGUUUACCUUGUUUUAUAGGUUUACUUUUGUUAAGCUGGUUAAAUAUUCGUUGUGUUAAGACCCCUCUAAUAUGAAUAAUCCGAGUUGACCUAGAAUCUUUGUGAAGUUUUUUUCUAUUAAAAUAUUUAUAUUUCUAAAUCCGAGGUAUUGAAAGGUGUAGUAUCCUGUUUCAAAGGAGAUAUAGCAGUUUUGCCAAAUGUAGACAUUGUACAAUUGUUAUGUUACUGGCACGUGUUGUUUACAUUUUGCUGUGACAUUUAAAAAUAUUUCUUAAAAAAAAAAAAGGUUACUGCUAAAGAUACAUUAUCCUUUUUUAAAAAGUCUCCAUUCAAAUUAAAUUAAUACAGCUAGAAGUUAGAAAGUUUAAAACUUUUCCAUAUAAUGAAAGUCCUGAUCAUUUGACAAAUAGCUAUAAUACUUCCUAUUACCAAGAUAUUUUGGUUAGUCUAUUCCUUCAGAUUAAAAUGACGUUUUGUCAGUUUUUUUGCAUUAAAAAUACGGCAUUCCUAAAAUAAAAUUGUAUAUUUUUUCCAUCUCAUAAAUAUACAUUUUCUUUAAAGUCUUUUUUUCAAUCUCAUAAAAAAAGGGAUAGUGCAUCUUUUAAAAUACAUUUUAUUUGGGGAGGAACAUGUGGCUGAGCAGACUUUUGUAUAAUAUUACUUCAAAGAUAUGUAAUCACAAACAAAAAAAAACAACCCUAUUUUUUAUAAUGUUAUUUGAGAGAGCUUCAUCAGUACAGUUGGUGGACGUUCACUGUUUGAAUUUGAUAGUCUUUGAAUUUAAUCAAGAAACUACCUGGAACCAGUGAAAAGAAAAGCUGGACUUAAAUAAUCUUAAAGCUAAUUGAUAAUUGUCUCUUUUAAAAUCUACUGUAUUUAUUAUAAUUUACACCCUUGAUGGUGAUCUCUUGUUUUGUGUUGUAAAUAUAUUGUUUGUAUGUUUCUCUUCUUGCCUUCUGUUAUAAGUCUCUUCCUUUCUCAAAUAAAGUUUUUUUUAAAAGA